AUGUAUGGAGAAACUCAAGUUGCAUACUGCUGCAGCUUCAUCAGUGGAGAGAGAAAGGAGCCCGGGCCAUCGAUAACGUUCCGCAGCCGUCCCGUCAGGACAUCAUUGGGCCUCUGCACAUGCUGGGUCUUACACAGGUGCAGAGCCAUCUCUCCAAUUUUAUCUGAAUCCCCGUUUUGGAUCCUGUUGCCAGUUGGGAGGGGGGAUGCCGUGAGAGAGUUGAGACUGAGGCUCUUAUCACGGCCGGUGAGGACGACAGCCAACAACUGCCGAUGA